AGGGAGAGGACAUUUCCUAAGUCUCUCUGGGAGUUGUGUUGGGGUUCAGGACUGCCGGGUGAAGAUCGGGGCUCAGUGAGCGGAGACAGACGACCAAAUACAGGAUGAGGACUCUGGUGCUGUUGCUGCCGGUUUUGGCCUUUACAUUUGCCACUGCGAUAAAGCCUAGAAGUCAGUUCACACGUUACCGCUCAUGGAACUCACGGAUGUAUCCGGUGUGGAAAGAUGGAGACACGAGAUUCAGGAACUGCUGGUUUGGUGGGGAAGUAACUUUUGAUCUGAAAAACGACGCACCCACAUUGACUGGAGCAAGAGCAACCUUCAAUAUUAAUCUUAACUUCCCACCAAACCAGACGAUGCUCUCUGAUGGGCAGGUGGUCUGGGCCCAGAACUGCACCAUCAAUGGACGACAGUACCAGGAGGGUCAGGCUGUGUAUCCUGAUCAGGACAACCGGUCAACUGGAGUUUUCCCCGACGGCACACCGUUCACCAGGAGCCAGAACAAGAAACCCCGCUACGUGUUUGUGUGGAAGGCAUGGGGGCGUUACUGGCAGGUGGCAGAUGGACCGUCCUCCUCCCUCACUAUCGGUACAGACGACGUCCCCCUGGGCUCCUACAACAUGGAGGUCGUCAUCUAUCACUGCCGCGGCAAAGACAAGUUCAUCCCUCUCGGCUACGCCUCCACAGUUUUCUCCGUCACAGACCAGGUUCCCUUCACCAUAUCACUUGCCCAAGUCAAUGAUGUAAACCAGGACGACCAGAACUUCAUCCAGAACCGAGCCAUUUCCUUCAGCGUCAAGCUCCAUGAUCCCAGCCAGUAUCUCAACAGUGCCGACGUCAGUUUCAGCUGGGACUUUGGUGACAGCACUGGCACUCUGAUCUCCAGGGAACUCACCGUCACACACACAUACCUCGCAGUAGGGGCCUUCAAACCUCAGGUGGUUCUGAUGGCAAGCAUCCCGAACGGCUGCGGAAACCCAACUGCUGUUGUUCCUAUUGAUGCCUCUGCUGUUCCAGCAGUAGUUGUGAUGGCCUCCACCCCUGCCGCUGUCCCAGCAGCACCAGCCGAAGGAGAUGAAAUUGCUUUGGACGUUCCUGCUUCUGACGCCACUCCACUCGCUGUCUCUGUGCAGCCAGCUGGUGCAGAGGAUGGAGAAGUUGUCAUUGAUACUGAUACCGAGGCAGUAGAGGUAGCCUCAGUAGCGCCUGCAGGAGUUGACGCAGCUGUUGUUACAGAGGAACAAGAUCCCGCCGACGCUGCUGAAGCAGAUGUUGCCGAUGCAACAGCAGGUGAGGUGGCCACUGCUGUCCCGGUUGCAGUUGAAGAGCCAGCAGAUGCUGAUACAGCUGCUGCCGAUGAAACUGCAGUGGUUGCAGAUGCAACUGAAGAAAAUGCGCCUGUGAUUGAUGCUGCUGCUUCUGUUGCACCUGUUGCAGAGGGUGAAGAAGCUGCAGUUGAAGCCGCUGUCACUGUUGCUCCUGCAGCAGAAGUAGCUGUAGAGCAAGAAGCUGACGUUGUGGCUGCUGACGCUGAUGCUGAUGUUGCUGCUGCUGAGGCUGCUACAGAGGUUGUCCAAGCUGAAACCGAAGCCCCUGCUGAUAACGUUGUAGCCCCUGCUGCCACUGAGACCACAGCUGUAGAAGAGGCAGCACCAGCCGAUGACACCGAGGCUGAAGUACAAGCAACUGUGAAUGAAGUUGCAGCUACUGCAACUCCUGCAGAGCAACAAACAGAUCCAGCACAGGUCGCCCUUGUUGUGGCUAAAAGACAAGCACCUGAGCUAACAGCUGACUGCAUGAUCUACCGUUAUGGCUCCCAUGCCAUCUCUUUAGAUGUUAUCCAGGGUAUUGAAAGCGUAGAGAUUGUACAGAUGACCAAUGUUAUAGCAAUGUCAACUGAGUUGGAUCAGAAUGCUGUAGACCUCACCAUUACCUGUCAGGGAAGUCUGCCAAGUGAGGUCUGCACAGUUAUUUCAGAUGCUGACUGUAUCACGCCGAUGGAAACUGUCUGUAGUGCAGCUACACCCUCUCCAGACUGUCAAAUGAUCCUUCGUCAGUUCUUCAAUGACUCUGGAGUAUUUUGCAUUAACGUCUCCUUGACCAAUGAUGUCAGUCUUGCUGUGGCAAGUGCAAGAGUCAGUGUAACAGUAGCCUCCGGUGGUUCCCCAGGUGGAACUGCAGCCACAGUCCUGGGGGUUAUGGUUCUCGCCUGUGUUGUCUGUUGCAUUGGUUUGAUGUACAGGCGGUUCAAGCAGUACCAGCCACUAGGAGAAGACCAUGGUGACAGUAAUGGAGGCAGCUCGGCGGUGACAUCAGUGCCUUUGUUGUUGUGGAACUUGCUGAGCCGACAGUCACCAGGAGAGAGUCGACCACUGCUUCAGGGGAGGACUGUUUGAAUAUCAUCAUCAGCUCAUGCACUCAACAUUUACAACAUCCAUUUAAACAUUUACUUUAUACACAUAAUACAGUAUUAUAACUCCUACUCAAUGUAUUACACCAGAAACAAUUAAGUGAACCAGCCCUGUGUACAACAUUUGCAGAAAGAGAGGAGUCAAGUGUGGAAUAAAGAAGUGUCAUUUGUAGAGGAAAGUGAUAUUUAUUUUGACCUACAUAUUUUUUAUUAAUUAGUACUGGUAGUUUAUAGAAGCCAUAACUUAUUCUCUUACUUUUGG